CGCGCAUUAGCAAUAAACUUUCUGGCCUAUUAAAACAAGAUGGCGUACCGACAAAAGUGACAGAGUGCCUUUGGGAUUUUCCCAGGGUAGGAACUUGACAGGAACUUGACAACUUGAGUAUAGGAACUUGACAGUUGGAAAAGUGUAGAGUCGCUGAAUUUCAGGAUGUUUAAUAAUCAGCUAGGUACCAAGGACCUUUACAGUACCAAUCCAUCUCAGUUUUUGCAGCGGUCAGGGUUGCGCAGUGACUAUGAAGACUCAGCGUUCAACUCCUCACUGAGCCAAAGCAACUCACAGAUAAUGAGCUCACAGGUGGACAACUCCCAAUCCAGCUCAUUUGACAUGUUCUCUCAGAUGAUGUCUCAACAACAGGGCUUCUCACAGCAAACAGAAAAUUCAAAUAACCCACAGAGAUUCUACAUGAAGUAUAUGUCAAAGGCCCCCCUGUUCAACAAGGAACCUGACAAAAAUUCCUCCUCAAGAAAGAAAAGCUUUCAGGAACAACUAGACAGCAACAAACAGAAGGCCAAAGAAAGUGAUGAAAGGGACUUAAUCAACACCUUUAUCAAUCUUGUCAAGGAGUGCACUGAGGAAGUCAAGUCAGCUGCCACAGACAUCAGGAAGGACGUGGACAAAAAUCUCUCGGAGUCCGCCAGCCAGUUUGGCAGCCUCAUUCAGAAAAUCAAUGAAGACUUGAAGCAUUAUCACAACACACUGUUAGGUGCAGUGAAAGCCAGAGAAGACCAGAAGACUACUCUUGACUCAAUGCAAAGGGACCUUACAGCUAAGGAUGCCAAAAUUGAAGUCCUUGAGGCACAGCUGGCUGCAGCCGAUCAACAGCGUGAUGACAGAGUGGUCAGCUCCCUGGUAGAAGCUUACACAGAGCAGCAGAAGAAGAACCGGGAGCAGAUGGAUAAGAUGCAGGCAGAGCAGGAGGCAUUCUGCAAGACUCAGCUAGCCAGCCUACAGCUGGACCAGCAGAAGUACAUACAGAGAUUGGAAUCUGAGAGGGGGGCUGCAAAAGCUAGAGAGCCCCAAAUGGCCAUGGCUCGAGGAGAUGACCAUGGCAGUCGGCAGGCUGGGGUCAGCCUGAUCCCAUCUGUCACUGAGACUGGUCAUCGACCACGUUCUUGGCAAGGUUGGCCUCAGUAUCAGCAGAUUGGAUACAAUGACCAGGUGAUGAGAAGCUAUCAUGAGAAUCCAGGCUAUCAGGUGAUUCCACUGCAUUCUCAACCAAAUAAUGUCAGCAUUGGCCCCGUUGUCAUCCCAACCAGUGUAUCAUCUAGUAACCACGGCAACUGCAUCUCACUCACCCCCACAUCAGUUGCACUGUCAGUACCACACCUCCAAAACAGGGAGACAUACCUACCAACAACUAACCAGUGCUAUCAAGGGCACAAUACCCAUGACCAAUCUUCAGUGAACCAACAAAUAGGACCGGACAUUCCAUACCUGCAGACAGGCAGUAGCUCCAGCCAAGAAAACAGGCAAUCAGGGCCUAUCCUUCAGUGGGGAAAUCAAGCUGCUCUGCCCUUGUUGUCUCCAACAGAUGCUUCAAACCAGCAUGGACCUUGGAACAAGUUGAAGCCAUCUCCAGUGGCAGCCAUUGCCCCUCAGGUAAAGCCCAGAGAAAUUGUACCCCCAUCACAACAACAGUGCAGUGAUGAAAGCACAGAGGAAGCGAUAAUAAAUGAGACUCCCCAGGCAGUAGCUACAAAGAGAAAGAAAGGACAAAAGCGAUAUCAAGUGGCUGUUAAGACCAGAAAGCAGUCCUCCAGACUGAAAAGCAAGCAGGGGAGCAAACCAUGCAACAGGAGGACCAGUAUGGGACUUGACCAAGAAAAUCAGGUCAUGCGUGAACAGCAUGGCAAACAAAGAGGUGUGACGGUCCCUAGUGUGGAUACAGUACAACCCCUGCAGAUCAAGAAACUCCAUCAUCUAUUGGAAAGGGAGGAAGAUGUUUAUGAGUUCAAGGAACAAAGAGGAAAAACAGUCUCUAAUGCCAAACACAAACCACAGGGGAAUCAAGAUAAGAGAAUUCAACAGAUUUGGCCCUCAAGGGACAGAGCUGGGAAGGAUGUACAAAGUAACAAGAACCCUUCAACAGUGCAAAGACACCUCAAGGAACAAAGCCAGAAGGUCCUCCACCCUGUACCCAAACAUCCAAUGCAUUCCCAAGCAGUCGAUCCUCUACCAAGAACAACAAAGAGGGACGUCUGCUCGCAUACAGACUCCGACAAGGAAGCUGUGUCCGCCAUCAGUAACAAGACCAAGGCAAAGGGAAAGGAAAAAUCCUGUGUGAAGAGAAAUAUGUCAUCAGAGGAUGGCAUAUUCUCACAGUCAAGAAUAAGCACCUGCACCAAGAGUCGGGACCUCAGAGGCGAUGGCGCAAGAUCAUCAGUUGAUGAUCCUAAAGUCCAGAGGGAGAAUGUGAAGAUAUCUGAUGUCACGGUCGAUGGAAACAGCUCUGACCAGGAGGAAGAUGAGAGUCAAAGUCCAGAUGAGGAUGCAAGUCAGGAACUUUCAUCUGAAUAUGAAACCAAGGAAGACAGUGAAGAACAAGCCAGGGAGCUGAUUAAAAUCCAAAGAAAAAACAAACAACCGGCCAAAAGGAAACAGCUAGGCAUGCUUGCCAGCUCUCCCGAACAGCAUUACGUUAGCCAGCUGGAUACCAUGCCAUCCUACUCGGACCAGGAGGACAGCUCAGAAGAAAUGAUUUUCUCCUUGAAACUACCUGACUCCCCUUUUUUACGGAAGGCUGGCCAUAACCAGACCGAAAACCCUCGGGAGAGAGAAGAGCAAGUUGUUCCCAUGGUCAGGCGCUUUGACAUCCUAAGUACCCCAUACAUCCAGGUGAACCGUGAGCGGGACACCGACAAUGAAUCAACAGGGACUGCUUACUCGGUCAGUGUGAAUGCAGGCCGUAAACUGAGCAGGCAUGCGGAGAGGAAACGACGGCUGAGUCAUUACUCGGGAUCCUCCUCCUCGGCGGCUAUGUUAGAGAUCACUAACUGCCUGAGACUGCAGCAUCAUAAGAUCAGGCGAGUCUCCUCUUGCUGUUAGGAGCUCGGUAUACCCCCUCUGUUGUUAUUUGCUGUCGUAGCUUCAUUAAAAGAUUGUCAAUUUGCUUCUGCCUUUGAAACCAAUAUUGUGGCUUGAUUUUGUGGGCAGAAAUUGUGCUUUUCUGAGGACAUAACCCUCGAAAAUAACCCAUCCACACUCCUCUUUGAGAAUGAAUUUCAGUUUCAAACCCCCCCCACCUUCUGUACAUUGUUCUUUUUUUUUCUUUAAAUAUUUUUACAUUGUUAGUAGCGUUGUUUGUUCAUUUGUUUUUUAUUUGCAGAAAUACUAGAUCCUCAUUUUCCAAUUUCUCUCCAGGAGAUACCAAGAAACAACAUUUCAAAGAUGAAAACGAUUUCAGAAAAAAAGUCAGGUUGAAAAAGAAAGUGAUUGAAACUGUCACUUAAUUUAAUGUGCUAUAACAAUAGAAUAGAAGCUUUCAAUCCAUUUGUGGACAGUAAAUAAUAGGCUCCCAUUUCAGACUGCAUUUAUACAAAGGAGUCGGAAAAUAAUUACAUUAAAGUUACUGUUUACAAUUCAGAAAAUUCAUAUCUAAAUUGAGUGUUUCGGUUUACUUUCUUAAAUACAGUCGUAUAUUACAAUCGUCUUAUUUUACAUGUUCCACAUGACCUUGACAAUUUCAAUUUCAAAUUAAAAUGUUUUAAAAAAGUAGGUAUAUUUUUGAACAGAGUUUACCAUAUUUCAUUACUUUCAAUUGUCCAGUUUUUACAUCUCAGUUUUGGAGUUCAUGACAUUUACCAGUAUGCU